AUGGAUGAUAAUGCUGUCGAGGCUGCUCUUGCUCGUCAGGCUGAUGUCGUUAAAGCCUUCAAGGCUCGCAAGGCUACAAAAACUGAAGUCCAGCCUGAGAUCGAUGCUCUUUUGGCACUCAAGGCUGAAGCUGCAAAGAGGCUCAAGACUGCCGCUAGUCGUUCUGAUCAUUUCGAUAGAGCUGCAUUGGAGUCGCUCUUGGCCAAACGUUUUUUUAUUGCUCCAUCGUUCCAGAUAUAUGGAGGCAUCGCAGGCUUGUUUGACUAUGGUCCCCCAGGAUCUGCUCUUCAAAACAAUAUUCUCUCACUAUGGCGCCAGCACUUUGUUCUUGAAGAGGACAUGCUAGAACUUGAAUGCACUAAUUUGACUCCAGAGUCUGUGCUCAAGACAUCUGGUCAUGUGGAUCGUUUCUCUGAUGCAAUGGUAAAAGAUACAAAGACUGGCGACAUCUUUCGUGCUGAUCACCUGGUCAAACAAGUUUUGACUCGGCGUUUAGACGACGAUCGUCAGCUGCGUAUGGGUGGUGCUCUUUCUGAUGCCAAAAAGGCCAAGUCCAAAGCUGUUGUGUUGGAGCGAACUGUUCGUGAUCAUUAUGAGCUUGUUCUUGAAACUCUGGAUAAUUUCCAGGGCGAUGAUCUUACCAAGCUGAUUAGAGAUUUGGAUAUUCGUGCUCCCGAGACUGACAAUCCCGUCACAGAUCCUGUGCUUUUCAACCUUAUGUUUGACACACAGAUCGGUCCCACUGGUCAAUUUAAAGGUUUUAUGAGACCUGAAACAGCUCAAGGCCACUUUUUGAAUUUCAAGAAACUACUUGAAUUCAACAAUGAUCAGAUGCCAUUUGCCUCUGCAUCUAUUGGAAAAUCAUUCCGUAACGAGAUUUCUCCUCGUCAAGGGCUUCUUCGUGUUCGAGAAUUUACUAUGGCGGAAAUUGAGCAUUUUGUUCAUCCUGAUCAAAAAGAUCACCCUCGAUUUGACGAAGUUCGUGACGUUGAGAUGAUGAUGUACUCUUCCAAAGCACAGUUGGCUGCAUCGGGUGCCUCCAAGAUGAAGAUUGGCACCGCUGUUGACCAGGGAAUUGUAAACAAUCAAACGCUUGGCUAUUUUGUUGCAAGAAUCUAUCUCUUUUUGGUACGCAUUGGCAUUGAUCCUGCACGUAUUCGUUUUCGUCAGCAUCUUGCCAACGAGAUGGCUCAUUAUGCAUGCGAUUGCUGGGAUGCUGAAAUCAAGAGUAGCUACGGGUGGAUUGAGUCUGUUGGAUGUGCGGAUAGAUCUGCGUUUGAUUUGACAGCGCAUUCUAAAAAGACUGGCGAAAAACUGGUAGCUCGCGACACACUUCCAGAGCCAAUUAUACGCGAUGCUCUGAUACUGGAGAUCAACAAGUCAAAGUUUGGGCCUGCUUUUAAGAAGGAUGCAAAGGCUGUACAAGGCUACUUUGAUGCCUUGGUUGUGGGCAGCAGUAGUGAAUGGGAUCAAGUAAAACUGGCAGAGAUUGAUGCACAAUUGAAGGCCAACAGCUUUGUGCAGGUCACUGGAACGGAUGGCAAGCAAUACAAGGUCACUGCCGACAUGAUUUCUGUGGUUCAAAAAACUAUCAAGAUCAGCGUGAGGGAAUAUACCCCCAAUGUUAUUGAGCCCUCGUUUGGAAUCGGACGUAUUUUGUAUGCUCUUUUAGAGCACUCUUACUAUGUCCGGGAAAGUGAUGAACAACGCGCAGUAUUCAAGUUCCCUGCCUCAGUAGCACCUAUCAAGGCACUGGUAGCACCCAUCAGCAACAAUGCCGAAUUUUCUCCAUUUAUCAAGGAGAUUGUUGCCAGUCUUCGUCGCAGUGGUGUUGCCAAUAAGGUGGAUGAUUCCACCAGCUCUAUUGGUCGCAGAUAUGCACGAAAUGACGAGCUCGGUACGCCGUUUGCCAUCACAAUUGAUUUCCAGACUGUUCAAGACAAGACGGUUACACUUCGUGAGCGUGACACAAUCAAGCAGAUUCGUUCGACCAUACCCAUUAUUGUGGAGAUUGUACAUAAUUUAGUAGAGGGGAGAAUCACAUGGGAAGAUGUGAUGGCUAAACACCCAGCCUUUGUUGCUCAAGAAUUGUCUGCAUAAACAGAUGCAUUUGACAAUUUGAUGUUUUCAUGAGCUGGAUUACUGUCAGCAUAUGCACAGAUGCAAGAAUAAAACUGCUUUUGGCAAGACAU